GUCGAACGGUCAUACAGUUAGCGAAAUUAAUCCAAACCAAACCAGAGCGAAUUAAUUGUCAACAGGGUUUCAGUGUCGUUAAAAAGGCUAAGUUGUGAUAGAAAGCAGUAGCACAGCUAGUGCAGUUUUCCUCCCGCUCAGCGAUCGCUUAAAUGGUCACCAUGGAGAACAGCGACGAGAUCCUGCAGAUCCUCGAGCGUUUCACACGGCUCAAGCAAAAGGAGAUACCCAAGGAGCUGGAGGAUUAUCUACAGUAUGUGGCUAAAACCGGGGACACCAUCUUCAAGUGGUCCAGUUUGAAGUAUCUGUUCCGCGAGAAGCUACUCAGCGUGAUCAAGCACUUCAACGAGGAUUCGCCACGUCUGGAGGAGAUCCCCAAUUACCCAAAUGUAGAUCCUUUCAACUACGAGACCAUGAAGUCCUCGUUGCUCGAGCGCCUGGAUCUCUUCAAUGCAGCUCCAUUCACUGUGCAGCGUCUGUGCGAGUUGUUGAUCGAUCCCCGCAAGCAAUACUCGCGCAUCGACAAGUUUAUGCGUGCUCUGGAAAAGAAUAUUCUAGUGGUCAGCACCAUCGAUCCGGGACGUAGGCGGACCGAAAGCGAGAAUGGCGACUCUUUAGAUUCGGUUGUCAACGGCGACCUUUCUUUGGAGGUCAACAUUGACAUUGAGAUGGAGAACGAGGCCCUGUUUAAUAAUGGCAACGCCGAGGAGGGCUCUGCUCCCAGUACCGGUUCGGCAAGCGGUACUCAGAAGGCCAGCUGUCCGCGAUCGGACGACAAUGUCCAGCCUAAGGCGAAGAAGGCCAAGCUGGAGAUCGAUGGCGAAGAUCGCACAGAUGCGUCCGAUGAAGUGUCCGGCGAACCUGAAUCGGAUGUGUCUAAGGCCAAAAAGGACAAGGAAGAGAAAAGUGACAACGAUGAGACUGAUUCCCCACAAGAGGCUGCCGAAAUCGAGGAGCCUGACGAGGAGGUGGACGACGCUGACCAAGAGACCAAGGCCACAAAACAGGCUGUGAAUGGCAGCAAGAAGACGAGCGAGAGGGACGAAAGAUCGCCAGCUUCUGUCGAUGAGGAGGCGGAGGACCCAAUUCCAAGUAAAUCAUCAGAUACCGAGGAAGCACCAGCUCCCAAGGAGAAAGCUGAUGAGGAGGAAAAGGAGGGGUCCGAAUCACAGGAAAAGAUUGCAAAGAAGCAAGAGGAUGAAAAGAUUGAAAAGUCUGACGAAAAGGUGGAUGACGAGAAGCAGGCUGUUGAGAAGGUCAAACCCGCAGUUGAGGGUGAAAAUGAGGAGCCCUCUAAAGCCAAGGCAGAUAAGGAGAGUGAGGAGGAAAAAUCUGCUUCAGUUGUGGCCGAUAAGGUGGAAGAAAAGGACGAUGCAAAGAAUGAGCCGCCUGUACCGGCAGAAAAGGUCGCUGAUGAGAAGGCAGUUUCCGAUGAAUCAAAACCGAAGACCAAGACCGAGGCCAAGCCAGAGGCCGAGGCCAAGGAGAGCCAACCCGAAAAGACUGAAUCUGAGCUGGCUAAGGAGCCGGUGUCGGAGGAAAAGGAAGCUGUCGAGCCGACAGCAGGAGUCGAGAAGAAGAAAGACGACGAGACCAAUGCCAAAGUGGCUGAGGCAGUUAAAGAAGCACUCGAAGAGUCACAGGAAGCUUCCAGUCCCGUUGUCGAAGAUUUGGCUGCCGCCACCACACCACAAUCUCCUUUGGGCGCUGCCGACUCUGCUGCCGAAACGCCGCCCGCCGAGGUAGCCGACGAUUCGCAGGCUUCGCCUUUAGCCGCUGUUACUCCGCCGGCUCUGGCGCUUAACGACCAGCCCAUGGAAGACACUCCGGUUGAGGAGGAGGCACGCGUCUCGCCCUCAGCCGCCGUCGAGGAGGUUGUCAUGGCCGAAAGCGGUUCGGCCGCCGAAAUGGCUACCGAAGAGGCCACCAAGGACGAACCGGCUGCAAUGGAGGUCGAUGACACCAGCCAGGAGGUGAUGGACCAGUAAACUGCAACCAUCAAAGCGCCGAAUACAACUACAUUCAACUACUACUCCAUAUAACUAGAAUCGUAAGACAAAGCGCCCCAUUCCGCAAGUAAUAAAGAUGUAACCCUGCCCCGCUCAGCCUCCGGAUACGAAUUAUAAAUCCGAGUGAUCAUCCGAAAGGAGGAGGCGCGGUAGCAGCUCUCCCUUUGUAGCCGUAAGUCGCAGCCCAGGCAAGCUCAAACACUAGACUCUGUUGACUAAUUCAUGUUUCGUAAUCUGUGUGACCACCCGAUUCGCCGCCCUCACCGUAUAUUUUGUGUAUUUAUAUAUAUUUUUAGAUAAAUCCCAAUAAAUUCCCUAGUAUCUCUGUCCACGA